AUGGAGUGUGGAAAAAAUUUUUUAACAAAUGUAGAGAAGCGGAAAGCUAUACUAAAGCAGCAAUACGAGUCCAAACAAAGACUGUUAUGGUCAAAAUUAAUAUUAAGUGAAGAACAUAUUCAAAAUUUUAAAAAGCAACGGAAGAAUGAACAAAAAGUAAAAAUUGCUAAAAAUAAAGAAAAAUUGGAUAAAACAAGACUUCGGAUAAUUGAGUUGAAAGACUUGGCAUUUUAUAGAAUUUUAGAGCUGAGGAAUAAAAUAAAAAAUAGAGAUCGAAAAACAGUGGAAAAUAUAGAAAAAUUUAAACUUUCUACAUUGGCUAAAAAACAGGUUAAAGAAUUGAACCAAUAUCGGGCCAAAUAUGAAAAUCAAAUACGGACGAUGGAAAUCAACAAGUCAUUGGUAGAGAGAUGUGUAGAAAAUAAACAAUCGAUGGAAGAAGAGGAGGUGAUUGACGAAAUAGUACUUGUGAAUGAAGGUAUAGAAACGGAAACAGAAUCUUCAGAUAACUGUGGCUACAAUCCAAACUCGAAAUCCGUGAAUAUGAACCUCACAUUCAUCCAGCGCAUUGAGAAUUUGAGGAUUAACUCCACUAAAUGCGUCCAGGAUGCAGCGUUCUGGAAUAAGACGGCACCGCUUUGGAACAAAAUGACAAUAUGUCUACAGACCAACAUUACCGAGCCAUCAACGGCCUGUGAAUCGGAAUUGUCCGUCCCUAAAGCGUACGCAGAAGAAAAAGCUCGACGUUACCUGUUCGAUUUGACGGAUGAUAACCGCUCGCCAUCGUUGAUGCAGCAGAUUAUGAUGAACGACGUGGACUACAAUUUAUCAGAUGCAACGAUGUUUGAAAUGAUAGCAUUGGCCAAAUCGCUAUCGGAACCGGGAGCGUCCGCGUUCGACAUCAUAAACUUGAUCAGACGUGUGACCGAAUACGAGGCUGACGUUAGAAACAACGUCAGUUAUUUUGUGACCAGUCUCGCGGAGAGGGCCGUAUUUGAGUUCACGAAAAAGAAAAUUGCCGAAAAAAUAUUUGUGGACAUGCGAAAAACCAUUGACCGACUUCAACACGUGAACGAGAGAGAUGUAAUUCCCACCAAACUGAUAAAAUCCAAGAAAAUUAGUGAAGUGACGUCUUUCAUUUUCGAAAUGAUCAGCAACGACGAAGUUUACAGUCGGUUCGACAAGCCAUUUGAUGACGAGCCGCGUUACGUGGCUCAGAUUUCAGAAACGGCUGAAGAUAGGUUCAAAAAGUUUCAGAAGGAAAACUAUCCAGAUACAAAAAUGUCAACGAUAAGGUUUCCAAUAAAGGGGCGCGUGGAAUUGAAUGAGAAAGUGGAUAAUCUCGUUCGGUUAUUCUUGGAGCACGCGCACCAAAAGACCGCGCACUUUGUUUCUACCAGCAAGUCGAACGAGUACGAAGAGCGCGUCAAAGCGGUGUUGCCGUCCAGUGGCCAAGCCAAGGGUCACCUGAUGCUCCAUUUAGUGUACAGGAUUUGCCGGAAAAUCUCAAAGCUGGUGUUCGGCAUGUUUGCAACGGAAGAAAAGGUGAUGCACAACUUUGAGAUGACAGUCGAUGCGUACGUGCUGCUUGUCGCAAACCGUACAAGCCGCGUGAAUUACAACACUAAGGUCUACAAGCGAUGCAAGAUUGUCGACGUCGAUGACUUCAAUAAAUUGUACGACGAGGCGUUGAAGUCGUUUCACAAUUAA